CUCAAAACUAGAUAAGACCUCUCACUAGUGAUAUGCUUUAGAAGGUUACAGAUAUCUCUUUGUCAAGGUGCUAUUGCACUAUGAGAAAGGUUGGAAAAAGUAUUUUUUAUGAGGACAGUGAAGAAGUGAAGCAAGAACCUAGUGAUGGCAUAGUGGAGGCACGCAACGCAAUAUUAGUAACAGAAGCGGAAUAUCUGGGUCAUUUGAAGGUUUUGACAGAGGCUUAUAUUAAACCAUUAACUCCGAUGUUGUCAGACAUUGAAUCUCAACAAUUGUUUGGAAACAUAGAAUCAGUAAUCAAGAGUUCUGAAAAGCUGGUUGAAGAACUGUCGAUGACGUGGACAUCAAAUGACAUGUAUAACGUAGUAGUUGAAGCAGCGGCUACUUAUCUUCACGAGUAUGUCCAAUAUUGUUCUGGAUUGCCGACGGCACUUUCUCUAUUAGAAAGGCUAUUAAAUGAGCGAGAAGAAUUCCGUGACAAAGUUUGUGAAAGUGAAGGGAAUGUUCGCGGAAUCGGACUGCAAUCUUGUCUUCUUAAGCCUUUCCAACGACUUACAAGACUGCCCCUACUGUUUGAACCCUUAAAAAGUGCAGGAGAGCCAGUAACGCCAGUUAUUUCAGCAAUUACAAAGUUGGUGGAAGAGUGUAACAACAGCGUCGAAGAGGUCUCUUGUACCCCUAGCAACUCAAAUAAUGAAAACAGUAGCUGUCGAAGGUCUUCCAGUUUCUAUGUAGAUUUAUAGAAUUUUUUAGAAAUUCUAACAUUAAACUAGUGCAAUAUGAAGAGUACAAAUAUUUUAGGAAAGAAAUGAUUAACGGCUAUAAAAAGUAAGUGUGUAGUCAAGAUAGAGGGAAAAAUGCAAGGAUAUUGCUAAUUAUAAAAAUAUGAAGUCACAUCUUUACCGAUCUUGGAAUAUAGUUUUAAUAUAAAAAAUCCUAUAAGAUUUUUUUUU